AGGGUUUGUAUACAUGAACCAGUAUGGCGUGACUUCGAUAACCGAUCAUUUCUCAUUUCAUCCUCUGUCGACCCUUAGCAUUGCACAAGAAAACCCUAGUUUUCUACGAUGGUGAACUGGAGGAUUUGGCAAGAAUGGGAGGAAUACGAUCUCCAAAGCUCAUAUGCUGACAAUCCAUCUAUGUUCUCGUUACGAUUGAACUAUGGUGGAGUUUUUACGAAGUUUCUAGGCCGCAAAUACAUAAAGGGGAAGAUGAAAUAUAUUGAUGGCAUUGAUAGUGACUUGUUCUCGGUGCAUGAUAUGGACGAGAUAAUGGAAUUGCUUGAUUGUGUGGAACCAGGUAAAAGUAUUUACUAUCAUUUCAAACGACCAACCUGGGAUUUAGAUUUUGGGUUGUAUGCUUUGGGCUGUGACGAAGAUAUAAAACACUUUAGGUCAUACGUUUAUGAACACAAGGUGAUAGAAGUGUAUACGGAGUUUUGGGAAACCAAGCUACAUACGUAUCAAAUGUCCCCAAACCCUGCAAAGAUAAAGAUACACGAAAUUCCUGAGUCCCUUUGUCGUAAAAGCUUGCUAUUGACAUGGUCAAAUUCAGGGGAUUGUCCUAGUGAAGAAGCCCCUGUUUUUUGA